GCUGUAGACGACGUCGCCAAAAGGCUGAUACCAGAGGCCGGGUCGCACGUGUGCGUCGGAUUUGGCAACUGGAGCCAGAGCGACAACAUCAAAGGAGGGCCAAAACCCCCGUUGAGACCUCUCGAGAAGGCUAUGAGGAAGAGAGCGACAGUGGUCAAGGUGCACGAGUUCAGGACGAGCAAACUAUGCUCCGCCUGCUACCAGCCUAUGAAGAUGGCCCUGGACGCCGACGAAAGACCUCUCUACUACGAUCGUUCCGUAUUGCGUUGUGCCAACAAGAACUGCAAGAAAAACUUUCUGAACAGAGACGUCAAC